CGGCGCGGCGGCCGGACCGGGCAGGAUCAGCCGGGCCGGCAGGGAGCGGAACGGCGGGACGCGGCUGCGCGGAGCGAGGCUUCCUGAGCGGCUGGUGGCGGCGGCCAUUUUGUGCUGCUGCUUCCCUCUCCCGUUCGGCCUGAGCUGUCGGGACCUGGACAGGGGGCGAGACGGAGCGGGGGCAGCCGGGGCCCUCACCCUCACGUUCCCUUCGCCUCCCCGUAAGGCGGAGCCCCCCCUCCCCCCCCUUCCGGCGCUGCCCCCGGCUGCGAGCGGAGCUCACGAACCAGUAUGGAAGACGACGGGCAGCCACGGACACUCUAUGUAGGAAACCUCUCCAGAGAUGUGACUGAAGUCCUUAUACUUCAGUUGUUCAGCCAGAUUGGACCAUGCAAAAACUGCAAAAUGAUAAUGGAUCAACCCGAUAGCAGAAGGGUCAACUCUUCUGUUGGAUUUUCUGUUUUGCAGCAUACAAGCAAUGACCCUUAUUGCUUUGUGGAAUUUUAUGAACACAGAGAUGCAGCUGCUGCAUUAGCUGCUAUGAAUGGGAGAAAAAUUUUGGGAAAGGAGGUCAAAGUAAACUGGGCAACAACACCAAGUAGCCAGAAAAAAGAUACAUCCAAUCACUUCCAUGUGUUCGUUGGGGAUUUAAGUCCAGAAAUAACAACAGAAGAUAUCAAGUCAGCGUUUGCUCCUUUUGGUAAAAUAUCGGAUGCACGGGUAGUUAAAGAUAUGGCAACUGGAAAAUCAAAAGGCUAUGGUUUUGUAUCUUUUUAUAACAAACUGGAUGCAGAAAAUGCUAUUGUACACAUGGGAGGCCAGUGGCUAGGAGGCCGUCAGAUCAGAACCAACUGGGCAACGCGGAAACCACCAGCCCCCAAAAGUACACAAGAAAAUAAUACAAAACAAUUAAGAUUUGAAGAUGUAGUAAAUCAGUCAAGUCCAAAAAAUUGUACUGUGUACUGUGGAGGAAUUGCUUCUGGGCUGACGGAGCAGUUAAUGCGCCAGACCUUUUCUCCAUUCGGACAGAUAAUGGAAAUAAGAGUGUUUCCAGAAAAAGGCUACUCGUUUGUCAGAUUUUCAACUCAUGAAAGCGCGGCACACGCUAUUGUUUCAGUGAACGGAACCACAAUUGAAGGACAUGUUGUUAAGUGUUAUUGGGGUAAAGAAUCUCCUGAUAUGACUAAAAACUUCCAGCAGGUGGAUUACAGUCAGUGGGGUCAAUGGAGCCAAGUAUAUGGAAAUCCACAACAGUAUGGGCAAUAUAUGGCUAAUGGAUGGCAAGUACCAUCAUAUGGAAUGUAUGGCCAAGCAUGGAAUCAACAGGGUUUUGGAGUAGACCAAUCUCCAUCUGCUGCCUGGAUGGGUGGAUUUGGUGCUCAGCCUGCCCAGGGACAAGGUGCUCCAGUAAUACCUAAUCAAGCUGGAUAUGGUAUGGCAAGCUACCAAACGCAGUGAGCUGGGACUCUGUUUAAACGUGUGUAUUUCAUGAUAGGCUGCAGUUUCCAGUGACACUCUGAAGACUGGAAUGUAGACAAUGGAGAGGAAAGAAAAAAAAAAAAAAAAAAAGAAAAUAUUUAUUUUAAAAAUGGAAAUGUUUGGAACCUUUAGCACAGCUUUGCUUUGGUGAAGGACACAAAUGUCUUCUAGUUCUGCCUUUUUAAGUUUUUGUUCAUGAUGGAUAUGAACAUGUUUUUCUUUGUGUACAAAACUUAAAAAUAAAGUCAAUAAAGACAAUUCUGACUACAAAUUUUGAUAUAGUAGCAGAAAUGGCUGAUGAAUUUGAUCCUUAGGUUACCAUUCCAUUUCUUUUUUUGUUCUGUCUUCAGUGUUUUAUAUCACUGUGCUUUUUAAGAGAAAUGACACUGAGAAACAGCGAGUUGCUUUUAGUUGAACACACACCCUGAAAUAAACUGUGGACCAAUGAUUACAACCUGCUAGACAGUAUUGGUUUUUCAGGAAGCCGAUGGACAUCGCUCUGAAAGCACACGUAGGUCUUGGAAUCCUUUUUUCUUAAGAAAAUACUUAAUUUUUCUACGUGCUUAAAGAAAACAGUACGACACAAAGAAUAGUCGAGUGUGAAAUGAAAAACAGUACUGUCUGAGUUACUUCAUUUUACUGUCCACAUUCAGGCACAUACUAUAACUUCAGAGCUGGUUUGCUCAUUAAGACCGUAGAGAUUUGCAUUUAAUUUUGAGGAGUAAAAAAUGUUUUUGCAAGUAUGUUGUUUGUAUUCAAAUCAAACAGUCAUACUUGUGCUUUUACAUAAGGUUUGAAGGCUACACAUUGUAAAUAUUUCAUAAUGACAGUGUUUCAAAAGCAUGCUCAAACAUAGAAGUAGCAAUGUAAUUAUUCAGAGUAAUACUUAAUAUACUCUACUGCUUUAAACGCAGUAGAUUGACAAGAAUGUGCAAGACUGACAUUUCCAAAGUUGGCUAUUAUGUAAAGUUACAUAAAGAACUAUAACAAAGAGCCUUAAUUUUAAUUUCAUAAAUCUUUAAUGCAUCACCUUUUUGUCAUUAGAAAUACGGAUUUUUUGCUUUACAUUAUUUGGUAUGUAAAUACCUUGGUUAACAACCUUGUAAACCUAUUUCAAGGUUAUUAUAAGUUGUAUAGUAUCUUGAGUGUUUUGAAAAAAUCUUGAUGUUUUUUAAGUCUAGAAAUAUUUUGCCCAAGAAUUUUUUAACAAGAUUGUUAAAAACAUCUUAUUUUAGAGACUAUUCAAUGUGCCAUUUGGUAAAUGGAGAUGCAGUUGAAACAGUACACUGAGUUGUGACUUAUUUUUAAUUCAAGUUUCUGUCUUUAUGGGUGGUUUGCAUGUGAUGAACCUGUACAGAGGCUGGGUUGUUUGUGUACUGAGUGUGUAAAUGGAUAAAUCACACAGAUGUUUCAAUGGUAUACUUGGGUUAUUUCUGAACAAUUUUAUGGAUACAUUGAUAUAAACUGCCUCAAUAAAUUUGAAGUUUAAAAUGAAUGUAAGGUAGAUAUAAGUACUGUGUCUUACCUAUGACAGCUAGGGGGUGCAAAUGUUUCAGCUGUAUACAGAAAUACACUGAAGCAGCACAGUUAAGUGUAGGAUUUGCAGUGAUAGUCCAGUGAAACAAGCUUGAGUUUUCAAAGAAACAGCAGAAUAUUUUAGCUCGAAAUGAGCGUGUGAGAAGCUGUGUGUUUUCUGUUUCUAACUGCAGGUAUUUCAAGUUAGAGUUUGAAAAGGGGAACUUGCAGUGUUGUUGAACCCAGCCAGGUUGUGCAAUUAACACUUAAUGCUGUAGCAAAUCACGUGAGUUUUCUCUUCCUCCUCUAUGUGACGUACUUAGUAGUACCUUGAAUUUUAGAUAAGGCCGAAAGUGAGAUAUUCUGGAAGAGCAGUUGAGGCUCAGAGGUACUUGCAACUUCCAAUGCAUGCAAUAAUGACUGAAGUUAGUGUGGAACCGUAAGUGCUUGUGAUGACAGAACUGGCUAUUUCUCUCCAUUUCUCCUUUAUCGGAUGCGUAGUGUUCUUUUGCUCAAGUUAGGAAUCUCGUCUACAGGUCUCAUUUUUCUAUAAAUGUUGUAUAUAUGUGUAUAUCUACGCGAGGAUCGGCCUAUACGUUGUAGUUUGGAGGGAAAACUCACAAGUAAGUCUGCGUUUUUAUUAUACUCACAUGGUUUCAAAAACAACACGUGAGUAGAUCUCUGACUUUGCAAGUUAUUGUAGGAUUUCUUAGACUUCACUUGAAAUCCGGGCUUUCUACAGAACUCACUCAAGGUAUUUGACUUACGACUGUGUUCUGAGCACAUGCUGGUGUGCGAGCAGUGUGUUCUUUAGGCACUAAUGAAGAUUUAGAUGUUGGAAGUACAUUGCCACGUAAAUGCCCAUAUUAGUGGGUGUAACUUUAAGGCAAUGAUCCGUCAGCUCUCACUGUGUAGCUCACUUCAAAUCUGAUUCAAUAACAUGCAGAGCGGGGCGUUACCUGACCUGUGUAUCAGGAGGAGGGAUAGGAUGUACUUUCUCAUUUAAGCCUUUUCUCACUGGUUUUUAUACAGCUUUUCUUUAAUGGUGAUGUUUCUUCACAGACUACUCGAGAUAUAGGAGUCUCCAGUGUCCCUUAAUGUUUCUAUAGCGCUGCGAGGAGGAGUUGUAACUUGGAUUGCUUUCUACUCAGUACCGUUCAUAAAUGCGUAACUGACAGUUUUUUGGCACCAAAGAGCCUCUUGCACCGUCCUGCUUUUCUGAAUGACUGUUACACUGUUGUAAUUUCUCUUAACUGCAGAAAUUGACCUCUACCUAACAGGAUUUGGAUUUCAACAAGUAUUGAUUUAUCAUGGCUUAACUUGACGCGUGCAAUCUGAAACAAGGUUUUUAAGCUGCGUUUGCAGAAAAUGUUCAAUAAAAGUGAAAUGUGAUGAAGGGCUUA